GCCAUAGAUGCUGGGCAUGGAGCUCUUGAAUGCUCUUCGGCCUGCGGGAGAUACGCACUCCCGGGCCGAGAUCGAAACGCAUUUUUGGAGUGUCUCAGACGGGGAGCUAUAUAACAUCCACAGACUCGGCCCACGUCGGUCAUCUGCAUCAGCGCUAGCUCCCAUACCACUUCCUCAAUGGCUCCAAUCAAGAACGGCCGCCUUCUUUUCAAUGACGUCCCGACCGGUUAUCCCGAACCGGGAAAGACUACCGUCUACGAUGAAUCCCAGACCAUCGAUCUCGACGGCGUGUCCCUCAACGGCGGUGUGCUCGUCAAGAUCCUGGUCAUCAGCAUAGAUCCGUACUUGCGAGGCAAGAUGCGCAAACCAGAUCCCUCAAACAAGAGCUACAGUGCCACGUUCGCGCUGGGGGAGCCAAUUGCGAACUUUGGUGUUGGCGUCGUUCUUCGCUCUGAAAACGCCAAGGCAAAACCAGGAGAUCAUCUAUACGGCACGUACCCAUUUCAAGACUACGCCGUCUUACCCAAUGUCGACCAGCUGCUCCUGUUGAAAAACGAGGAGAAGCUGCCGUGGGCUGCGUAUGUCGGCGCGAUCGGCAUGCCAGGCCAAACCGCGUGGACAGGCUGGAAGGAGUACGCGGCACCGGAGAAGGGCGACGUCGUGUUUGUCACCGCUGCCUCUGGGCCCGUCGGAGCGUUCGUCGUCCAGCUUGCCAAGCUGCAAGGACUGAAGGUCAUCGCGUCUGCAGGCACAGACGAGAAGGUCGCCUUCGUCAAGAGCAUCGGGGCCGACGUCGCGUUCAACUACAAGACCACGAGCACCUCGGAGGUGUUGCACAGGGAGGGGCCAAUAAACAUAUACUGGGACAAUGUCGGCGGAGAGAGCCUCGACGCAGCACUUGCCAACGCCGCGAACGGCGCCCGCUUCCUCGAAUGCGGCAUGAUCUCGCAGUACAACGCGACGCCGUACACGCUCAUGAACCUGAUGGCCAUCGUCCGGAACGCGCUGCACCUUCACGGCGUCCUCGUCAUGCAGCUCUUGCCCAAGUACCGCGACGAGUUCUACCGCGAAGUGCCCGGGAUGGUUGCCCGCGGCGAGAUCAAGUACAUUGAGGAUGCCAAGCGCGGCCUCGAGUGGGCGGGCCACGCCAUCUCCGACGUGCAGCAGGGCAAGAACCACGGGAAGAGCGUCAUCAUCGUGAACGAGGAGUGA